AUGUCGUCGUCCUCUAUUGCGAUGAUGCCGAGCGCAUCCUGCUCGUUUCGUCAUCAACAGAAGAAGAAGCAGCCGCCAACGAAAAAACAAUUCCACCAACAAAAAGAAGGAGAUAAAAAGCGCGCGACGAAAACAAAAGUGCACGCUUUACCUCCACCGCAACCGCCGAGAGGUCCAAACAGAAGUCCGGGAGGGCCACCUGGUCGACCACAAUCACCACCGUCGUCGGCAUCCUCUGGUCCUGGAAAGAAACCAGGAGGCGGUUUAAUCAUCCCCGGCAUGGAAGAUUUCCCCACGGAUGUGAUACCAGGAAUGUCUGCGCCCGGAGGGUACGCCGGAGGCGGGGGCAAACAAGGCCAAGUCAUAUCCAUGCCUGGAAGUCAACCAGGACAGCAACAGUUUGGCAGAUCACCGCCUGCCGGUGGUAACGAAUACGACGCAGAAACCGGUGCUUUGAACCCAGACACGCCGAUGGGAGGCGUCAAGUUUGGUACGAACGACAGCGGAGGCGGCGGCUCGAAACCAACAUAUUUAGCUCCCGGGCAAGAAAUGGCGGGUUCUUACGAGCAGCAGUAUAAACCGCCACCGACGUUUGAAGAGCAAAAAGUAACCGAUGAGUUGGAUACGAAUCAGAUGAUCAUGAUGCUUCGUCAACGCGCUGGACAUUGGUUCCAGUUGGCAAAGUAUAUUCCAGCGUUGCAAAAAGCGGGAUACAUCCCAGACCAAAUUUUUGACGAAACUGGCAUUGAAAACAAAGAACAAGUGCUGUGGCAAACGUGGCUGUCAACGUAUGCGUCUUUGAAAGCAUCUAAAGAUUUUCCGAGCGAAUUGCUUCCGUACUUUGAAACGGAAUAUUCAGGCUCUCCGUGCUUGAGUCAGAUCAACUUUUUACCGAGCGGUAAAAGAGACGCGGCUGCCGAGUUCAUCGCCAGGAGAGAGUUCACAGAAGAACAGUCGCGAGAAUUGGUAAGAGCGUACGAAAUUCGCGACGGUAUGGCUGCAAUCGCGAAAGAUUUCGGAAAAUCACCCGGGGAGUGCUUGGCGUUCAAAAUUUGGAGAGAUAUUCAAGAGUUGCAAAGAUACGAAGGCGUGGACAAAGCGGAAUCGAUGCGCGACCGCGGUUUGCAAUACGCAGAGACGGAUAAAUCGAAAGGAAGAUUGGAAUCCGCGACAGAAAUGUUCAGAAUGGAAGCUACUGGUGAAGUUAGUAAUCUCGCGGCGGCGAAAGCUGCGAAUGCGGAAAGCCGAUUAAUGGCGGUGCAACCGGUGUCCUCCGUGCGAUUGGACUUUGAAGAGGUCGAGUUUAGACCAGUUGCAGUCGUGGGUGCGUACAGUAAGUUGACGACAAAAGCAAUCAAGCUCGCGCAAGUGGUGGAAAAAGUCGGGACGAACGAUCCCAGUAACAUAUUUAAAACGUUUAGACCGCAAGGAACUUCAGACUGGAUGGCAGUGCCGAACUGGGAGGCGUUGGAGAACUCGAAGGAACCGAUCGCCACAUUCGUUGGGAACACCGCGAAAGAGUUGCCAAACAUCGAUGGUUUAAGUAACAAGUCGGAAGCUGCUAUGCUCAUUAUCGAUCGAGGGAGCACUUCGGCUUCGCCUGCGCAUUAUUAUUUACUCGCGAAGAAAUCCUCUGUCGUUUUGAGCGGUGCGGGCGAAUCGGAAACCGUCGCCAUUCAAUCCGGGGCGGAAGUAUUACAGAUGGAAAAGAGUGGCGCGUCUUUGACGGUUUUGGGGAGAGUUGUCGUUGCAAUCAGAGCUCCAUCGGCAGGGGGCGAUGGAAUGACGACAGAUGCGCCAAUCGGAUGA